UUUUUUUAUUUUAUUACAGUUUUUCGUAUUAUAAGUGUGUUUAAAAUUGAUCGUAAAUGGAUAAUAAAAAUGACGUUAUUAAAAAUAUCCUGUUUUUCGCCGUCCGUAAAAUUGAAAACAUACGUCACCAUCUACGUCAUAAUUGUGACGUCAUCGUCGCCAUCGUCACAUUGAAAUGGUAAUGAGUGGUAGUGGCAGUAGUAGCGAUAGAGGUAGUAGUAGUUGUAGUAGUAGUAGUAGUAAUAGUUAUUGUAGAAGUAGUAAUAGUGGUAGUAGUUGGUAAAGUUGUAAAAGUUUGAGCGGUGGUAGCGUUUAAAUGAAUGUAUUUUUAAAUAUCUGUUUAUUUAAAUAGGUUUAUAUUAAUUAAUCAGUUGCUAAAAAUGAAUUUUAAUUUAUUUUCAUGACAGCUAAAUGACUGACUUAUCUGAUCUUUAAAUCAUUAACCAUACUCAUAAAUGGCGACAUCAUUACGUUAAUAGUAACGUCAACUCGCAAUUGCCCUUAUCGUCACUGGUGUCGUCAUCUUCAUCUUCAACAGCACCGACGAUCUCUAUAGAAAAUAACAAACAACAACCACCAAUGCAUCAAGAAACACAACAACAACAACAACAGCCACAACAACAUCAACCACAACAACCACCAAUACACCAAGAAACACAACAACAACAUCUACCACAUCAUCAACCACAACAACUGCAUAUGGACUCGCAAAGACUUCAACGCCUCGAUGAACUUCCAGACGACUUCCAGCCACAGGCGACCACCUCGAGCCCCGUCCUUAGCGAACCCCUCAAGCUUUCCCGAUUGAUCCCUCACGACAAAUUUUCAAACUACAUUUUAAACACAGCAGAGAAGAGAAAAGAUGUUUCAAAAAACAACAAUCAAAAUACAAUUACUAAUAUUAAUAACCUCAGUGAUGGACACGAUGACAACAAUAAUGAUAGUGGCCUGAUGGACCAGAGUAUUUUGGAUGAUGACGUUGUUGGCGGUGAUGAUAAUAGUAAUUUAAGGGGCUAUAGAGGUGGUGGUGGCAGUGGUGGUGGUGGUAGUGGUGGUGGCAGUGGUGAUGUUGGUGGUGGUCAAGCCGCCGGAAGGAACGCAAGAGCAAUUCAGCCGGAUGACAGAAAUUUUUUCUUGGCAGAAGAAAGGGGCGUGAGUCACGAGCAGUGGUCAGUUAAUUUUUUUUUGCUUCUCUUAAAAUCUUUUUAUCACUAA